AUGAAUCAAGAACAAGAAUUAGAUUCCUUCUUGGAUAAAAUCAACAAUGUCGAAUCACUGGUCAAAGACUUAGCUUCUUCUGAUACUGGUGUUGCUAAAGAGGCAAUGUCAAAGGCUGAUGAAUUGAUUGGCAACCAGAAAUUAAAAUAUGAUAAAAGUUCCAUCAAUAAAUCAACCACAAGCAGUCAAUACAAUGAUAAUCCCCAGCAAUCCAUUGAUCAAGAAGCAUUUUGUAGAUCUUUACAAUUGGAUGCUGAAGAAAGAUCGGAAAGGCGCAAGAAAAGAGAAGAAAUCGCAAAUAGACACAAAGAUCAAGGAAAUAAAUACUUUCGAGAAGGCCAAUUCGAUUUAGCAAUCGCAGAAUAUACCAAAGCAAUAGAAACUGCAAAACACAUCACCGUCUAUUACACUAACAGGGCACAGGCCUAUGUUAAACUGAAAGAUUGGGACUCUUGCAUCGCUGACUGUGACAUGGCAUUACGGAUUGAUGAAAAAUUCUUGAAAGCGUACGUCCAUUAUUCAAAAGCUUUGAUUCAGCAAGCUAAAUACGACGAGGCCGACAAAAUUCUAAAUACUGCUGUUGAAAAAACCAAGCGAAACAAAAUUAUCCAAGAUUAUAAAACACUUAACGAAAUAGCAAGACAAGGCAAAACGGAAGAAAAUGAGGCAAUUACAGCUUCAACAAACGAGAGCCAGGAAUACGAAUUGAUUAAAACACUAAUUGGCAAAUGCAAUGAUAGUACAACGGAAGAAAACGAUAUCGUUGUUGCCCUUGAUACUUUAGGAUUACAGCUUGGUGGUGCAGAUUUAAAGCAGGCAUAUUAUAGAGUGUGUGGAGGAUGGGAAAUUAUUCACAAGAAUUCUUUUAUAACGCGAUUAUGGAAAGAAUCUACCGUUAAUAAAACUCAAGUGAAUUUAAUUACCGCCAUGAUUAGAAUGAUGACCGCAGCUAUUGAAAAUAAUGAUAGAAAUUUACAGAUACUAUUAGAGGAUUGCAAAUUCUUGGAAAUGGCUACCAAAUGGAUUAAUUGCGAUAUUGAAGAAGUUGUGACUCAUGUAACGAUCAUUAUAGCCCUAUUAGUAAAAGGAUCGAAUAGAUGCCAAUGGAUAUUAUUUAACAAGUUGCAAGAACAACCACGAUUUUUACAAUGUUUGACUAAUAUAUCGUGUAUGAACCGAAGAUUAGCAAGGGUUACCUUGGAUAUCAUCAAAAGUUUACAAGAACAGGAAAGAUUUCGAAUCAUUUGCAGAGAAUCUAUUAAUAAAUACAUGGUGGAUCCCCUUUGUAGUGCUCUGGGAGAUGCGAAGAAAUUAAAGAACUUAAAGACUGAGGAUAUCGCUUAUUAUUCAUCUCUUUCCGAAAUAUUGCUCUUAAUAGCUAUUGAUGACUGGUUUCGUGAACGUCUAGCAAAACAGACAGUUUUAUGGUUGGGAAUUGGGCAUUUGCUUAAUAUAGCUGCAAAAGCCCCAAAAAAUGUUGAGAAUUUACUCCAUGCUAUGUUAGGUUUAAUGUUAAACCUUUGCGCCCAAGCGUCAGAAAAUGCAGCCAUUCAGAAUUUUUCAAACGAUUUCCUUCCUAGUCUUGUUAACAUCUUAACCACGAAAAAUGAAGAUAUUUUCGAACGUUUAACUAGAUGCAUUGCGCGUCUUAUUGGAUUUUGUACAAAGAAAUCAUGGUCCUUAGAUUUGUUACCUAAGAUCUGCCCAGCAAUAUUGGUGAAUCGUGGUCGUUCAGUCACACUUAAAGCUUUAUCGACAUGUCUGGCCUAUUGUACAAAAAAUGACCAGAAAGCUGCCAUCGAGUUUUUGCUCGACUUCAAAGAUUUAGUCACAAUCUUUACUAUGAUGAUUAAUUCGGAUGAUGAUAGCAUUGUUGGUAAUUCUAGUCUUGCCUGCAGCCACAUAAUCGGACAAGCAAAAAUAAGUCAAUUAUUUAUUGGAAGCGAUAUCGUUGCUGAUUUAUUACGGAUAGUGGAUAGCAGUCGGAAAAAUGUUACACGAAAAAAUGCUGGGAUUGCAUUGGCUAAAUUAAGCCAAAGCGAUGCAAGGCAUCUGGAAAGGCUGCGGGAUUUACAUGGCGUAGAAAUUCUUCACUCAGUUUUAGAUUCAUUUGGAAAAAUUUAA